CUAUUCCAGGGAUGCCUGGAAGGGCUCCACACAAGCAGCAGCAUUGACUGACUCUGUCAUGCCUCCAAGGGUCCCCAGCCUGUGCCCUGCCUGAGGCUGUCCCAUAGGUCCAUGGCCCCAGCUGUCCCUGCACACUGGCUCCUCCACCUUGGCUCCUCCGCCAUGCUUGGAGCACAGCUGUCGAAGUGCAGCUGUGUCCGUGUCCCGUCAGAGCAGAGGUGCUCUCUGCUCCCCGCUCUGCAAUGGCCAGGGGACAAACAGGCUACAGUGUGUGCCCGUACACAAGCAUCACCCAAACUUGUCCUUGCCUCCGCCUUCCCAGCCUGGCCAUGGCACCCUGCCCACAGCAGAAGCCUGAAGGAGCUUUGGGCAGUGCAACCCGCAUGCCCUGGUCCCAUGCCUGUCUCUGCCACAUCCCUUCCCGCCUGCUCAAAGCUGGGCUCCUGCUCCUGUCCUGCUUUCCCCUGGCACUUCCUGAUCUCCACUCGUCUCCAGGGGCCCUGUUCCUUCCAAACCUGCCUGCUCCUGCUCCCAGCCCCUGGGAUAGGAGCAUGUCCCUCCUGCCUGAGAGGGGCUGGCACCCCCAGAGCCUUUGCCCUUGGCAGGGGACAGACCAGAGCCAUCCCCCAGGACUGAGUGAGCCCCACACCCUGCCCAGCACUGCCCAGUGUCUGGUGCUGGUUCCCCCUCUCUCUGCGUAGGUGCAGGCUGUGCACCCCGGCACAGCACCACAGUUCCACAGCAGCUCUCCCUGCUCCACAUAUGCCAGGAGGGAUCCAGUGGACACUGAAGACUGGGGCAGAACACUGCUUCUGUGUCCCAUCCAUGCUCGCAAUGGUGGGGCUCUGGGAAUGCUGCUCGCCCUUGGCCCAGCUGCUCACAGGUCACCAGUGACCUGGAAAAGGAGCUGUGGAGGAUGCGUCAGCCAUGGGCCACGAGCCCAGCACUCUCCUGGGAGUCUCCCCCAAGCUGAAUUGUUCACGUGCAGCACUCCCACAGUCCCGAAACUGCCUCCAUGAGAAGGAGCAGCUUGGCUUGGCCAGCCCCCAUUCCAGCAGGGUUUAAAUCCCAGCCCAUCACCCAGAAGCACAUCAAUCGCAGCGCGAUGCUGGGCCACUGCACCCUUCUUCUGGUGCUCCUGGCACUGCUCGCCCUGGCCCAGCAGCACAGGCCCGGGGACCAGGGCACUGCCUUCACCUUCCCUGCAUCCCCACACCGGGCCCUGCAGGGACACUGGACCCCCACCGCCCCUCUCAAAGCAGGAGAGUGCCCAGCGGGGACGAGCGGAGCCCCUUGGGCCCCCAGACUGUACUGCCUCUCCGACCAUGGCUGCCCUGGUGCUGAGAAGUGCUGCCAGAUUGGGAAGGUCUGGACCUGCCUCCUGCCCACCACAGAGAGCCCGGGCUACUGCCCCCAUGCUGGCAGUGCCAUCGGGCCAAGCUGUGGGACAAGAUGUCACAAUGACACCACAUGCCACUCGGGGAAGAAGUGCUGCACCCGUGGCUGCUGCACCCGCUGCGUGCUUGCUGAGCCAGCCAAACCCGGGUUCUGCCCACGGAAGCGUGCCCAGAGGAGAGCUGCUGCCUGCCCCAACCACUGCACUGAUGACCGGGACUGCCCUGGGGAACUCAAGUGCUGUUUCUCUGGCUGUGGGCUGGCCUGCACCCCUCCAGACACAGGGAGCCACCGUGCCACAGCAAAGCCUGGCGUGUGCCCCAUGGUGCUGCGGGGCUCUUUGGGGCCCUGUCUGGAGCUGUGUGACACCGACAGUGACUGCACUGGGGACAACAAGUGCUGCACCACUGGCUGUGGACAUAUCUGCAAACCACCCACCAAGGGUAAACCAUCAGCACCCUAUGCAGCCAAGACCCCCUCUCUGCAUAUGCCAGCGUGGCCAGGUCUCUGUCCCCCUGCAGCAGAGGGUGAUCAGGCAGCCAAGUGCCUCCUCCUGUGCCUGCAGGACAAGGAUUGCCCCCUUGGCCAGAAGUGCUGCCUGCAGGGCUGCAGCCGGGUCUGUGUCCGCCCACUGAGAGGUACAGUGUAGCCAUGGCCAGGAAGGGCUGCACCAGAAGCUGCCAUUUCAGGGUCAUCCCACACCCCACUGCCAUUGCCCCCAUGGGCUGGGCAGAGGUGCUGCUGUCCCCCACACCUAUCCCUGCGCUGGACCCUCUGCACUGGCAGGAUGGCACCAGCAUUGACUCCGCUGCUUCUGGUCAGGGUCCCUGGCACCCCCAGCCAUGCCAUUAAGGGCUGCAUACUGCCUGCAUGGCCAAGAUUCCUGGCAACCCUGCAUGAGGCGAAAUCCCACAUCCACAUGACCCCAGCUGCUCCACAGCCCUGAGACAGAAUAAACCAUCCCACAGCCACGUGUGCUCUGGGUCACCAUCCCUGUUCUGUGCUCUGGUUCCCAGGGGUGCUGGCAGCCUGGGCUGCGUGCAGGCAGGGAGGUGCAGGCAGCCAUCCCUGCACGCAGGCACUGCCCCAGGGCAGGGAGAGGGUCCUGGUUCUGUGCAGGUGACUUCCAGCCAUCGUCAUUCCACGGUAACCAUCCUGCUGGGCCUGGGGGCUGCAUGAUGUCCCCUCGGCAGGACUGGAGAACCAGUUCCCUCAGAUUCCUUGUGCCAAGGAAGGGCUCAUUUGCAUCCCAGAGUG